AAUAGAAUACGUUUGUUCCUUCUCUAUAAAAUCUAAACUAUUAUCACCAUUCACCACUAAACUACUUCAAUCAACUUCCUUUUCCCGAGAAAAUCAGAAAGAAAAUUCACGAUGGCACCAAGAGCCGAGAAGAAGCCCGCCGAGAAAAAAACCGCCGCUGAGAGACCGGUGGAAGAGAACAAGGCUGCUGAAAAGGCUCCGGCGGAGAAGAAACCCAAGGCGGGGAAGAAAUUGCCACCAAAGGAAGCCGGUGACAAGAAGAAGAAGCGAUCUAAGAAAAACGUCGAAACCUACAAGAUCUACAUCUUCAAGGUGCUGAAGCAGGUUCAUCCAGAUAUCGGAAUUUCAAGCAAAGCCAUGGGGAUUAUGAACAGUUUCAUCAACGACAUAUUCGAGAAGCUAGCUCAGGAAUCUUCGAAACUCGCUAGGUACAACAAGAAGCCGACCAUUACAUCUCGCGAGAUCCAGACGGCUGUGAGACUCGUCCUCCCCGGUGAACUCGCUAAACACGCCGUCUCUGAAGGUACCAAGGCGGUUACCAAGUUUACUAGCUCUUGAAGAGACCCGGUUAGGGUUUUUAGGGAUUUCAAUUUCGGUUUGGUUUUUAGUACUUGUAGGAAAUUAGAUGCAUUAUUCGCUUAACUUCGUAUUUUGUGGCUUUGUAACUCUAGGAAGUAGAGAAGAUUGUUCCUUCCUUUUAUGAAUUUCAAUGUUGGAUUAUAUAUUUUUAACGAUUUUUUUUUCCAUUUCAAUUUCAUUUACCUAAUCACUAUAUUGAAAUGUGUCUCUAUUGAAGUAUAUGUUAUAUGUGUGUGUUUAUAUUAUUUGAUACGCGAAAUUGGCCUACUUUUCC